GAACACCGCCGUGGUUUCACAUCUCUCUUUCUCUCUCUUUUUUUUUUUUUUUCUGAAUUUGCCUUCUUUAUAAUCCCCAUUUGUCAUUUCUCCCAAGAUCCCUCACUUCUCCGAAGACCAUUUCAAGCGAGCAAUCAAGAACACAAGGGAAAAAAAAGUGAGAAAUGGAGUCCCCUACAGUAGCAGCAAGAAGAAAGCAUUGUUUCAUGGAAGAAGACGAUGGGCUUGCCUCCAUAGUCCCAGAUAUGGAGGCCGCCUUUCCUGCAAAUCAUAACAAUAACAGUAAUCUCAUCUCCAGGCCGCUCUAUUUACCGAGGAGGAUAAGCAGCUUCAUAAACCUCUCUUCUUCUUCUUCUCCUAGCCCUAGAUAUGGCGGUGGAAGAUUUGAAGAGGCGGUGCCGCCCCACCCACAUUUCUUGGACUCUUGUUUUCUCUGCAGAAAGCCCCUGGGCAACAGGGACAUCUUCAUGUACAGAGGGGACACACCGUUCUGCAGUGAAGAGUGCAGGCAAGAACAGAUAGAGAUGGAUGAAGCAAAGGAGAAAAGAUGGAAUCUUUCUGCUUCCAUGAAAGCAGCCAGCUUGAGGAACAAGGAUCAGAACAGAACAUCUUCUUCCCCUACAAAAACCUCUGCACAAGGCUACACUUUGGGCACUGUUGCUGCUGCCUAACUAUAUCAUACAAAUCAAUAAAAUUAAAUACUAAAAAAAAAACUUAAAAGAAAAUCCCUUCCGGGAAGAAGAAAAAGAAGAAAUAUUAAAUAUACAUGAGGAAAUUUUAUUUUAUUUUAUUUUCCUUUUUCCUAGCGUAUCAGAAUGUAUAUGGGUGAUAAAGAGGUGCUAUUUUGGCUGUGGAAAAAAAAAAAAAAAAGGUGUGAUGGCCCCUCUCCUAUGGACUAUGGUGGCUUGCCAAAGUGUUUUUUUCUUUGGUUCCCUCUGUAGGCAAUGAUAAAACACAACUUUGGACUCUUUCCUGUUCCCUGUAAUUAUGGUUUGCUUUAUUAUGUAAAAUGUGUUCUUUUCUCUACAAUCUAUCACUUUUAAGUAUUGUCUUUUGAAAAUGGAAAACCAUUGUUGCACAA